CAUUUAUAAAACUUUGCGUAGGAUUUGCGUCAGAAGUGGCGUACGGAUAAAACAUAGGACGAGCGUACGCACAGAAAUAAUCGGAUUUAUAAAACCGUGCGCACGCACAUCCUACGCAUUUUUCCCUUAAUAAAUCACAAUCAAUUCUAAAUGUAGCGCAGCUUUUGCGGCUUCAUGACACGCCCAUAGUUGUCCAUAAAUAGUCUGUGAAACGCCCACAAGUUAAUAUGCAUUGAUUGCGAAAUGAUGGCAAACACAGAGAGGAAAUCAAAAAAACGUAACUUCACUCAAUGUGAAGUAGAAGUUAUCGUUGGCGAGGUGGAAAAGAGGAGAAAAAUGUUGUUUGGAGGGCACAGUGUGGGCAUUACUAAUGCCAAAAAGGCACUUGAGUGGCAAACGGUGGCAGACGCUGUAAAUGCUGUAGCCUCACAACCUCGGACCGUGGCCGAAAUAAAAAAGAAAUGGUCGGACAUCAAAGUCGAGGCAAAAAAACGUCUCGCGCUCCAUCGCCAGAGUGUGUCUGCCACGGGUGGGGGAAAGGGGACACCGGAGCUGACCCCUCUUGAUGAGAGACUGGCGGCAAUUAUUGGGGAAGCCCUAUUAAGUGGAGUGGUGACUGAGGCGGAGGGGGACACUGACGCGCCAGAUGCACCGGGUGACACAGUUGCUGGGUGUUCCAGCGGGGCCAGUGGUUACGAUGCUGCAGCUGAGCAGCCGUCUGGACCCAGCGUCUCCACGGCACGCGGCUCUCAACCCUCCAGCAGUGGACGUGUCCUCACCGAUGCAGUCCUUGAAAUGCAGAGGGAAGUCAUUGGAUCAAUCAGAGAGGUGGCCAAGGAGUUGGGCGAAAUCAAGACUGCGCUGACUGAAAUAAACUGCACGAUGAGGGAAUUCUUAAAUAAAUAAUAUUUUCCACACCUUUUGUUGUUCUUUACAAGCGACGCAUCACUU